AUGGAUGAAGUCAAACCAGAUCGACAGCUGAAAGGCAAAACCAACUUCAUCAGUUGGAAACGCGAGUUUGAGCGAGCAGCCAGAGCAAAUGAUGUUCUUGAGUUUCUCACGGGCGAAGAAGUCGUCCCUCCCAAGCCCAACAAAGACGAAUACUUUGUGAGGGACCUUGACACCGAAAAUCGUCGGUCCAUCCGGAUCAAGAAAAGUUUAAGCCCGUCAACCGAUGACGAAAACGAGACGGAUGCUGGCCAGGCAGUUGUCUUGAUGACCAACAACACACUCCGAUGGCAGAUCGAUCACAACGAACACAAGAAUGCGAAGGAAAAGAUGAAACUUGCAAGCAGAUUGCUCGACGCUUGGAUUUCCGACGGCAUCAACAUCGAGAUCGAAGAUUGCGCAGACGCCAAAGAAGCUUACGACUUUAUCAAAAAGCGAUACGCAGUCACAAAUGAACGUGCGCGUGAUGUCCUGUUGAAUCGGUUACACGAUCUCAAGCUGGAUCAUUGUGAAUCUGUGACCGACUACACCAACCAAGUACGCCAGAUCAAGGCUGAUCUCAGAACGGUCAAAUAUGAUAUGACUGACGACAUGUUUGCAACCGCUCUUCUUCAUGGCCUUCCUCCUAGCUAUCGCAGCUUCAAAGAGAAGUAUGAUUGGAUCAGGUCGACCAAACCUGACGACUCCCCCGAUCUGGACUAUCUUUUUGAACGCAUGCAUGUGGAAGAAAUGCACCAACUUCAAAUUAAAGAAGAGAGGAAGGCCAGAGACAAGGUCAAGAGAGAUGCGAGCAACAGCAGUACCAUGAACAUGGACAAUCCUACUCGUUACAGGCCGAGACGGGAGGACAGACAUCACCUCAAGUGCACCUAUCCUGGCUGUGGCAAGACUGGCCAUAGCGAAGAUAAUUGCUGGGUUAAGAACCCCGAGAAAAUUCCACGAUCUCUCAAAGAAAAGUCCACCAACAGGGCCGUUGUCACUAAUGGCAUGGGUGGUGUCGUAGAAAUGAAUCUCACCGACUCCAAAGACACCUAUAUCCGGACUGAUGCUCUAGAUGCAUAG